AUGAGUUUCAAAAGCUCUUCUCUUCUGUGCAUAGCACUUUUCCUUGCAUGGUCUUCUGCUAUUUCUGGCUUUAACAUCAAUGAACUGCUACAAAAAGAAGCAGAUCUUUCCACAUUCAAUAAGUACAUCACCGAAGCCAAGCUUGCAGAUGAAAUAAACAGCCGGAACACCAUCACUGUCCUGGCUGUUAAUAACGAGGCUAUCGCUUCCAUUGCUGGCAAGUCCCCAGAAUUCAUCAAGGCCGUGAUUAGCACCCAUGUCAUCCUUGACUUUUUUGAUGAGAAGAAGCUAAUGGAAGCCCAGGCUACCAGCCAAAAACUGACUACCCUCUACCAGGCCUCAGGUCUUGCCUUGAAGGAACAAGGUUUCAUCAGUGUUCAACUCAUCGGUGAGGGCGCAAUCGCCUUCAACUCCGUCGGAUCUUCCGAGAACUCCGAGCUCGUCAGAACCGUCCUCUCUCAGCCCUACAACAUCUCCAUUCUCCAAGUCACCAAGCCCAUCAUACCCCUAGGCCUUGAUUCUCAAACCCCAACUGCACAAUCUCCUCAAGGAUCUCAAUCCUCCCCACAAACCGCCAAGGCCCCAUCUGCCACAGACACUGCUCAGUCACCAGCCACCACAAAGACUGCUGAUGCACCAGCUCCUGCACAGAGUGCCCAGGCACCAGCCACCACAAAGACUUCUGAUGCACCAGCUCCUGCACAGAGUGCCCAGGCACCAGCUACCACAACCACUACUGAUGCACCGGCUCCUACACAGACUGCCAAGGCACCAGCUUCCACAAAGACCGGUGAUGCACCAGCUCCGGCAGAGAAUGCCAAGGCACCAGCUUCCGCAAAGACUGGUGAUGCACCAGCUCCGGCACAGAGUGCCAAGGCACCAGCUCCCGCAAAGACUGCUGACGCACCAGCUCCCGCAAAGACUGCUGACGCACCAGCUCCAGCAAAGACUGCUGACGCACCUGCUCCCACAAAGACUACUGACGCACCAACUCCUUCGGCUGCGUCUCCACCUGCCACUGCCACGUCUCCAGUGGCUGCCGAUGCCCCAGCAGCUGCCGACGGUCCCGCGGCUGACGGUCCCGCCGCUGACGGUGGUGCAGCUAGCAGCUCUUCAACCAUUAAGAUGGGUUUGUUUGGAGCAGUGAUGGCCUUCGCUUCUCUCUUCAUCGUCCUCUAA